AUGGCUCCCAAGGUUUUCAUUGUGGCCAUCCUCGUAGUGGUCGCCUCAGCUCAAUACAUUCCUUCCUACAAUUCUCCACCUCCCUCCUACAACCCUCCAGCUCCCUCCUACAACCCUCCAGCUCCCUCCUACUACCCUCCAACUCCCUCUUAUAACACUCCAACUCCCUCCUACUACCCACGAACUCCAUCAUACAACAGUCCUCCAGCGGACAUUGCACAAUACCAGUUCCAGUGGGCCGUGAAGGACGACCCCUCCGGCAACAACUUCGGCCACGACGAAACUCGUAAUGGCUACGACACUCAGGGUUCCUAUUACGUCCAGCGUCCCGACGGUCGCUUGGAGAGCGUCUCCUACACUGUGAACGGUGACUCCGGCUACGUCGCUCAAGUGGAGUACCAGGGCGAGGCUCAGUACCCAGCCUACCAGCCUAGCUACCAGCCCGCCCCGACCUAUAAGCUCACUCCAAGCUACAAGCCUGUACCGACCUAUAAGCCCACUCCAAGCUACAAGCCUGUACCGACCUAUAAGCCCACUCCAAGCUACAAGCCUGUACCGACCUAUAAGCCCACUCCAAGCUACAAGCCAGUACCGACCUAUAAGCCCACUCCAAGCUACAAGCCUGUACCGACCUAUAAGCCCACUCCAAGCUACAAGCCUGUACCGACCUAUAAGCCCACUCCAAGCUACAAGCCUGUACCGACCUAUAAGCCCAUUCCAAGCUACAAGCCUGUACCGACCUAUAAGCCCAUUCCAAGCUACAAGCCCUCACCCAGCUAUAGUUAA